UCAAUAGGGCCAAGCAACUAAAGGUGCUAAUCAUGUCAUGAUCUGUAAUCAUCCAUUCAAAAGACAGCAGAUUUGCAACCGAUCCGUGUCUUUUCACAUGGAAUUUUCAAGAUCAAUCCAAAAUGCACUUUGAGCUCAAAGGAAAAGAACCAAAGCGAAGGGGGUAAAAGCAAAGGGAAUUUCACACGUGUCGAUCGGGGAGCGGUACUUAACUUUGUGCCUUUACCUUAAAAAAAUGAGGAUUACUUGCAUAUGUUCUUAAAGCAAGAAUUUGGAACCGAGAACAGAAGUUGUCCUUCGUCCUUUGUGAGAAUACUUGACAUUAAAGCCCCGAACCUGGGGAAUCUCUGGCCUUUAAGCAACCUUUGCCCCAAGCAACUCCCCUUCUCUUCUCAUUCCCUCCUUUCUCUCUCCAUUUAUACAAGCUCCGAAAGGAUGGCUCCGCUUGUCUUCUUGAUCAGUGUGAUGCACAUUUUUUGCACGGUUUCGCGACUCGAGAAUGCCUCGAGGAAAGGCGGUCACGCACGCGGACCUCGCGCCGAGCCGCGGGAGGACCCACCUGGGUAGCAAGACAGGCGCCGCCCUCGUAGUCUUGAUGAUUCUAUGUGGCCUGCUCAGCUUCAUUCUCUGCCUAGUCGCCGAAGCUACGCGUUCGCAGGUGACUUGGGAAUCCAAUACUAACAGCAGUGAAGAGGGAGGGUCUGGGGACUAUGAAUGCGUGUACAGCGGGAGCGGGAAGAUGCCGCUGUUGUCGGCAGCGAGCGCGUUCCUGAUAUUGGCGAUGGCCAUGGUGGUCGAGCACACCUACCUGUUGAUCGCCGUCAGCAAAUUGCCACCUUCUUCACCAGCUUUCGCGGCCAGUACCCUCACAUGGCAUGCUGCGUUCUUCUUCGUCUCCACCUGGAUUUCUUUUGCAGUUGGGGAGAUUCUACUGCUGAUCGGGCUGAGCGUCGAGUCGGGCCACCUCAGGAAUUGGGCCAGGCCAAGGCCCAGCUGCCUCGUCAUCCGAGAGGGCCUCUUCUGCGCCGCCGGCGUCUUCGCCUUGGCCACGGUCUUCCUGGCCGCCGGCCUAUACUUGACCGCCCUACGUGCCGAGAAAGCGUUCCGAGAGCAGGAAAUCGCACGGCAGGAGAUGCUCGAGGCCUCGGCGCUCUACGCGUCCCCGCCUCAGUCGCCGCCGCCCCGCAUCGCCGCCGUCGAUCGCGAGGACCCCGCGACCGGAGAUGGUCAUCAGGGUCAGCAACAUCCCGCUUUUGGGUCCCAUUCAGUCUUCAGCAAGUUCUCUGAUGUGGUGUGAGCCAAGUGCGUAUGCCCAGGGACUGGUAAUUUUCUGUUUUUCUGUGAGUGAAAAUGUGAGAGGCUUCGGAAGCACCAUAGGGAAUCGGAUUCAUUAAAGUAUGUGAAUAUUCGCCUUUUUUUUUUUAA